AUUUUUUCUACAAUUUAGAUUCCUCAUUUUAGUCAACGAUGGUUGCGAGAAUGGUUAUCAAAAUGAUCAUCUUUAGUUUUGUUUCAAUUCUUGUUUUUAGUCAUAUUGUGACGUGUUUUCCAUCUUUGGAAGGAGAUUCCAGACUCAUCAACGACACACACAAGAUGCUGGCCAAACUAGGCAAAUCGAACAUCAAGAAACCAAAACUGCCCAACGAGCCAGUCAUUAAGUUUUUGAAAAAACUCGAUUGCAAUUCCGAUCCGAACUUCGAUCGCAACAAUGCCGAUUCCUCAGAGAUCUUGGAAUCUUGCGACUUCGAUAAUUGGGAAAUCAAUGAAAAAGCUGCGAAGAAAAAACCAUCGUCUAAAACUGCAGAAACCAUUCGUGAAAUCAGCUCUACUACCCAUACAUUCAGUACUUACAGACAAGGGGGUGAAAGUAAACCUUCCAAUGAACCAAACACAGGUGUACAAAAUUCGGGAAAAGUCAAUGAUAAGAAACCGUCGACAAAAAAUGGUAAAAAUUCUGCUGGAACGAGUGGUAAAAAAACAGCCCAGAGAAAACAUUAUACUGAAAAUCCAUCGGACAGUAUUAAUUAUGAUGAUAACGUCGAUGAUGACGAUGAGGAGGAGCAGGAGGUGGAGGAGCAGGAGGAACCUACAACUGGUGGUGGAGAUGUAAAAGAUAUCGACUAUGGCGAUAACGAUGGAUUAUUCGUUCGUAUUCUUCUAAUGUUAAUAUUGGUUAUGCAAAAUGCAUUCGUAUUCGUAUUAUUUUUAUUUUAUAGAAGUAUGAAGAAUAAUGCUAAAUAAUGAAUGUAAUACCUCUAGAUAAAUAAACGCAAUUUAACGAUAAUCCAAUAAAAUUUUUCACGAUGGUCGUUGCACUCGA